AUGGCCGCCUGCACACUGUGCUUCCUGCUGGGCGUCAUCUCGUGUGCUGUAGCCAAAAACACUUAUGUGGUUUUGGUUCCGAAGGUCAUACGCCCUGGUCUACCACUUAACGUCAGUGUCAACGUUCUGCAUGCGUCAGGCGAUGUCCACAUCGAGGCUAAAGUGACAUCAGACAACGGCAACUCCACGGUAGCUCAUAGUUCGGCCAUUGUCCGCAAGGGGGAGCCGUUAAACAUCAAACUGGAGAUUCCUCAAGGUCUUUCUGUCGGCCAUUACAAGGUGACCGUACAAGGGUCGGGAGGUGCAAGCUUCAACAGCCAGGCGGCCAUCAGCUACAAGCAGAAGAGUCUGUCUGUGUUUGUACAGACAGAUAAGGCCGUCUAUAAACCAUCACAGACAGUACAAUUCCGGGCCUUAGCCGUACACCCGGAUCUCCGGCCUUACACCGGUUCCCUGGACAUUGAAAUCUUUGACCCCAAAGGUAACAAGAUCAAGCAAUGGAUGAAUGUGAAAGACACUAAAGGUGUGGUGGAAAACAAACUGGCUCUGUCUGAACAGCCUGUCCUGGGCGACUGGAAGAUCAAAGUCACUGUCCAGGGCCAGACAGAGGAGAAAGUUUUCACAGUGGAUGAGUACGUUUUACCGAAGUUUGAAGUAACCGUCAAGUUACCUUCCUAUGCUUUGACCAGAGACAAGCGAUUGUCAGGAACUGUGAAAGCCAUGUAUACCUACGGCAAACCAGUCAAAGGGACAGCUAAUAUCAGCCUGAAAUUCAAAAACUCUAAAGCUGGCUUAAACACAAUUACCCAGACGCUACAGCUGGAAGAAGGUGAGAAGGCUUUUACUGUAGCCUUUUCGCAGUUGACGUCGCUCACCCCAAACACUCUGGAUGGGGCUGUGGUUGUAGCCGAGGCGAAUGUCACAGAGACGCUGACGGGCGUCACCCUUAACGGCUCCUCCUCCGUGACGUAUCACCAACACGCCACCAAGCUGGAUUUUAGCAGCUCCAAUCCCAAAAACUUCAAACCAGGCCUGAAAUACACCGCCUACCUCAGAGUAUCUCAGCAAGAUGGUCGCCCUAUCGUCGGACCGAGAAGCUCGGUUACCACUUCCGCUGUGGUGACCAAUGAGAAACCUAACACCGUUUCCAUUUUCCAUUACCCAGUGUUCUCUACUCACAGUCUUCAAACCCAGACUUUCACAGUGCCAGAAAAUGGUCUGGUGCCUAUCGAGAUAGAUAUACCCACAGACAAUUACACCACCAAAAUAGCCAUCAAGGCUAAGUACCCGGAUGCAGAUGACGUCACACUGAACAUCGACCGCAUGCAUUCUCCAAGCAACAGUUAUAUGCAGAUCAUUCUGAAGUCAGACAAGCUGCAGGCGGGCGAUGAAGCCAAUUUUGAUCUGAAGUCUACAAAUCCGAUGACAUCAGUAAUAUACCAGGUUCUCUCCAGAGGAUCGAUUGUAUCAGCUGGGAAAGUCGACGCUUCUGGUCAGCUGACCAAAACCUUCAGUCUGCCCGUCACAUCCGAUAUGGCACCGACGGCCCGAAUUAUAGUGUAUUACGUUAGAGAUGACGGAGAAAUCAUCACGGACAGUAUCUCGUUUAACGUCGACGGUAUUUUCCAAAAUAAGGUAUCGGUGAAUUUCAACACCCCAAAAGCUCAACCCGGAGAUCACGUGGACUUGCAUGUGACAGCUGAUCCAGAUUCUCAAGUGUCCAUCCUGGCAGUUGAUCAAAGUGUUCUUCUGCUCAAGUCCGGAAAUGAUAUCACAGAAGGGCAGGUUAACGAUGAACUCCAGACAUUUGAUACCAUUGACGUCUCCAAGCAUCGCCCGCCAUUCUUCCAUUUCUGGCCUCACAUCGCUCUCCGUGGGAAAAGGAUGCUUUGGUGGCCGCAUUACCCGGUGUACUUUGACGGAACCGACGCUAAUCAAGUAUUCCAGAAUGCCGGGGUGAUUAUCAUGACAGACGCCACAGUUUACCAUUACAAGAAACCAGUAUAUUUCCACCUACCUCACUUCCACCAUUUGUUUGGUGGAGGUGUGAGCCAUAUCAUUAGCAAACCCAGCAUACCACAGACUAAGCCCGAUGUCAAGCCACCUGCCCAGGACAAGCUUCAGGAUGUGGGAAGAGUCCGCAAAGUGUUCCCGGAAACUUGGUUGUGGACCAGUCAAACUAUUGGAUCAAACGGAUCCUCGGUGAUCAGUACAACUGUACCAGACACGAUCACAUCCUGGGUGGCUAGUGCAUUCGCCGUUAACGCUAACAGCGGAUUGGGUGUGUCUCCAACGACGGCCAAGCUGCAGGCUUUCCGACCUUUCUUCGUCAGCAUGAAUCUGCCGUAUUCGGUUGUUCGGGGGGAACAAGUCGCUUUGGAGGCCAUGGUGUUCAACUACAUGACAACAGACAUGCAGGUUGUGGUUACUCUAGAGAAAUCUGCCUCCUACCGGAACCUGGUCAAAGAUCAGACUGGAAAUAUGAUGGUAAUUUCUGCUCCUCAGACUCAUACCAUACACAUAAAGGCGGGUGAUGCCAAGGCUGUGUUUUUCCCCAUCAUACCCGCUGUCCUGGGUCAGAUAGAGAUCACAAUCAGAGCUCAGUCCACAAUGGCUGCCGAUGCUGUCCAGAGGACACUCCUGGUCCAGCCAGAAGGUGUCCCCCGAGAGUACAACCACGCCGUACUGGUAGAUCUCACCCACAACUCGUCAUUUUCCACGGCCGUCCCCAUCUCCUUCCCACCCAGCACUGUGUACGGGUCUCAGCACAUCAGGGUCUCAGCUGUAGGUAAUCUGAUGGGACCAACAAUUCAUGGUUUGGACCGUUUGCUGAUGAUGCCCACCGGCUGUGGAGAACAGACCAUGUUGAAAUUCGCUCCCGACAUCUUUGUCUCUAAGUACUUGUCCUCCACGCAGCAGUUGACGGGCGCACUCAGACAGAAGGCGCUAGGUUUACUUGAAAAAGGGUAUCAGCGGGAACUAACCUAUCAGCAUAAGGAUGGAUCCUUCAGUGCUUUUGGUGACCGGGACAGGUCAGGAAGCAUGUGGCUAACGGCAUUCGUGAUCAAAUCUUUCCAUCAAGCUAAACCGUUUAUCUUUGUGGACGACGCGACUCUUGUCAAAGCCAUCACGUGGAUUCUGAGCCAUCAGAAGUCAGACGGCUCGUUCCCAGAGCCGGGCAGGAUCAUACACAAGAACAUGCAGGGAGGUUCGGCUUCUGGCGUGGCUUUGACCUCAUUUGUCCUCAUCUCUCUGCUUGAGAACAGUGAUCUGGACAGUACCGUUGAGAACAAGAUCAGCGUUGCUGCGGCCAAGAGCAGAGAAUACCUGGAGAAUGUGGUAAACCAUAUAUCUGACGACUAUACCAUGGCCAUCACUACCUACGCUCUGAUGUUAGCCAAGAGUUCCAGAGCCCAGUCCGCACUUAUGAUGUUAAACCAUGAAGCUGUGGUUAAAGAUGGCACCAAACAUUGGGAAGGUCCGGUACCCAGCAAAGCAACAAACAAUAGGAAGUUCUGGAGAGCUCCAUCAAGACAAUCUCCCGCUAUUGCCAUUGAAACCACUGCUUACGGACUACUUUCCUACGCCGAGAAGAGGGAUCUGGUAGCCGGGUUGGACAUCCUAAAAUGGAUCACUUCACAAAGGAAUGCCCAUGGUGGAUUCUCUUCCACUCAGGACACAGUUGUGGCUCUGCAGGCUCUGUCCGAAUUCGCAGAGAAGAUUUUCUCUCCUAACGUUGACACUACAGUAAAGAUUUCUGAUGACGUCAUUGAACACAGCUUCUGGAUUCAGCGGGAAAACUCUAUGAUGUUCCAGAUAGUUCAGAUGAACAACGUAAGUGAUCACGUGAGUGUCAGAGCGUCAGGAAGUGGAAUGGCAUUGGUUCAGGUGUCUGUAGACUACCACGUGGAGCAGGACGAGACGGAGCCGUCGUUUGACGUACAGGUUAAGCUUUUACACGAAACCAUGCACUCUGUCACCAUCCAGACAUGCGCUCAUUGGUUACAGGAAGGUUCUAGUGGGAUGGCAGUGGAGGAAAUUGGCAUCCCAACAGGCUUCCAGAUUGACAGAGACAACAUCACCCUGGCGGAUGGUCUGAAAAGGAUAGAAACCUCAGACAAAAAGCUCCUCCUCUACUUUGACGAGAUCUCGACCAGGCCCACGUGCAUGACGGUCAGAGCGGACAGAACAGCGAUUGUGGCGAAAAGUAAACCGGCAGCCGUGAGGAUCUACGAUUACUAUGAACCCGACAACCAAAAGACGGUAUUCUACCUGUCCCAUGUGCUCGAGGGGGCCUCUAUAUGUGAUGUGUGUGGAACAGACUGCGGAUGUAACUGACUGAAAACCCAAGAUUACCUCUUCCAGGAAGUGAAUACCAUAUUUUGCUUUGAAAAAUAAACUAAAUUUUCCCCAUG